AUGCAGCUACCACUCGGAUUUGCUUCUCCUAAUGAUCCUAGAGUAUGCAAACUCAAAAAGAGUUUAUAUGGAUUAAAACAGGCUUCGAGACAAUGGUUCUCAAAACUGUCAACUUCUUUGAUUCAGUUUGGAUUUAGCCAAGGAAAAUCAGAUUCAUCUUUAUUCAUUAAACAGACUGCCAACAGCUUCAUGGUACUUCUUAUAUAUGUUGAUGAUGUGAUUUUGGCCUCAGAUAGUCUUGAACAGAUUGCUAUUGUCAAAAAGUACCUACAUGAUUCAUUCACAAUAAAGGACUUGGGUGAACUGAAGUAUUUUUUGGGCAUUGAAGUUGCUAGAUCCAAAAAGGGCAUUAGUUUAUGUCAAAGAAAAUAUGCUCUUGACAUAUUACAGGACAGUGGUUUAUCUGCUUCUAAACCAGUUGCAUUCCCCAUGGAGUCAAACCUUAAACUGUCAGCUCAUGAUUCCUCACCAUUACUAACAGACCCUGCUGCAUAUAGAAGACUUGUAGGUCGUCUGCUAUAUCUCACAAUUACCAGACCAGAUUUGGCUUAUUCAGUUCAAGCCUUAAGUCAAUUCAUGGCUAGUCCAACUACUUGUCAUCUUCAAAUAGCUCAUAGAGUUCUCAGAUACAUCAAAGCCACACCUGGACAAGGCAUAUUUCUUGCUGCCAAUUCACAAUUACAUCUGAAAGGGUACUCGGACAGUGACUGGGGAGGUUGCCUUGAUACAAGAAGAAGUAUAACUAGGUUUGCAAUCUUCAUAGGUGACUCACUUAUUUCCUGGAAGUCAAAGAAACAACCUACUGUCAGUAGAUCCUCUGCUGAAUCUGAAUAUAGGGCAUUGGCUUCUACCACUUGUGAACUACAAUGGUUAGUUUAUCUUUUGGCUGAUUUAAAUGUUCAACAUUCUGAAGCUGCAUUACUCUACAUGGAUAGCAAACCAGCUGCUGCUAUAGCCUCAAACCCUGUCCAACAUGAGAGGACCAAGCACAUACAAUUGGACUACCCCCUAGUUCGAGAGAAGCUGCAAGAAGGCCUCAUCAAUAUUAUCCAUAUUCCAUCCAAAUAUCAGAUUGUAGACAUCUUAACCAAGCCUCUUGGGGGAGGACCUUUGAAGGACUUGUGUCCGGUUAUGGGAAGGGAUAGCUUGCAGGUUGCCGACGUGUUUGAUGAAAGGGGGCCUAAGUUGGAAGUCUUACGUAACCUGCUUCCGUUGGAUGUUAUUCAGAUGAUUUUCGAGGCCAAUGUGAAGAUUAAAAACAGGGCGGAUGCAAUUAUAUGGAAGAGCUCUUAG